AUGGGAGGGCUUUGUUCGAAGAAGACGAGGAGUUCGAGUGUGGAGAGCGCGGGUUGGGAUGUGAAUCGGCAAUUUGAUCAGAAUCAGAAUCUGAAUUCCCGUUUGAAGACCAACCAUGUGAGUGUGACUCUGCCGCCGCCCAUGGAUAUUCAUUUGCAGAAGAAACACAAAGAGGAGGAGGAGCCGCCUCCGCCUCCACCUCCACAACAACAAGAAGAAGAACAACAGUUUUCAGAGAAAAACGACAAUCAGAAUCCGCUUUUUUAUGAGUCUGACGAUGAUUUCUAUGAUGGCAUUCCGCGAUAUCCCACCUCCUUCUCCCACAAAUCCGGCUCUGUUCGCUCUAAGCAGGCCGCCGUCGCUAAGGUUUCUGAGGUGAGUUCACGUUUGGGCAGAGCUGGCACUCUUGGCCUUGGAAAGGCAGUGCAGGUCUUGGACACACUUGGGAGCAGCAUGACAAAUUUGAAUUCUGGCACCGGCUUCGUUGCUGCAGCACCUGCCAAAGGCAAUGAAAUCGCAAUUAUAUCGUUUGAGAUUGCCAACACUAUCGUUAAGGGUUCCAAUCUUAUGCAAUCCCUGUCAAAAAGAAGUAUUAGGCAUUUGAAAGAAGUGGUGCUUCCUUCAGAAGGUGUGCAGCAUUUAGUGUCGAAAGAUAUGGAUGAACUGUUAAGGAUUGUUGCAGCUGACAAAAGGGAAGAAUUACAAAUUUUUUCGGGGGAAGUGGUUCGAUUUGGAAAUCGCUGCAAAGAUCCUCAGUGGCACAACUUGGACCGAUAUUUUGACAAAAUCAGCAGGCAACUUACUCCUCAGAAGGAUGAUGCAAACUCGAUAAUUCAGCAACUCAUGACUUUAGUGCAGUGUACUGCUGAAUUAUACCAUGAGUUUCAUUCAUUGGACCGUUUUGAACAAGACUAUGAUCGCAAGUGCCAGGAGGAGGAUACUUCACUUUCUACUCAAAGAGGUGACUUGAGGGCAGAACUAAAAAGCCAAAGGAAAGUGGUUAAAACUUUAAAGAAAAAGUCGCUUUGGUCCAAAAGUUUGGAAGAGGUGAUAGAGAAGCUUGUUGAUAUCGUCCACUUCUUACAUCUAGAGAUACAUGCUGUCUUUGGUAGUGCUGAUGGUCAUAAACCAGUGGAGGGACCUAUGAACAGUUAUCAAAGAUUGGGACCAGCUGGACUUUCUUUACAUUAUGCAAAUAUCGUCCUCCAAAUUGAUAGUCUUGUAGCCCGGUCAAGUUCUAUGCCUCCAAAUACAAGGGAUACAUUAUACCAGAGCUUGCCGCCUAAUAUAAAAUCAUCUUUACGCUCCAAAUUACAGUCUUUUCAUGUUAAAGAAGAGCUCACUAUUGCAGAAAUCAAAGCUGAAAUGGAGAAAACUUUACACUGGCUUGUUCCAGUUGCUACAAACACAGCCAAUUCUGGGGCGAACCGAAAGGCAGCUUUGCAGACUGAUGUGAUUCGAAUUGAGACAUUCCACCAUGCAAAUAAGGAGAAAACAGAAGUCUGUAUACUUAAACUAGUCUUGUGGCUUCACCAUUUGGCUUGUAAAAGUAAGUCUGCUGCCAAUAAUGAGGGCAUGAGGUCACCCGUCAAGUCCACAGCUGGCACACCCCUCCCGUUGGCGAAUAAGCAGCCCAAGGACUUGCCUAUCAAUGUUCAGUCAAGUGUGCUAACAAAUGAAGAUCAGGAGAUGCUGCAGGAUGUCAGUAAAAGAAGACGGAUUCCAGGAAUUAGUAAGAGUCAGGACUUUGACACUGUGAACUCUAGUUUGAUGGAGCACAACAGAUUGAGUAAGAGUAACAGCUACUCACCUAGGCGAGGAAGCAGGAAAUUGUUACCGUUCAGUAGGCUUUCGUCUGGGGUUCCUGUCGUUGAUUUCGGUAUUGAUAAGGAAAAAGCAUUGGAUGUAAUUGACAGAGUGGACUCACAUAGAUGA